GAUAACAAUUGUAUUUUGAUUUGACCGUGUUUCCUGAUUUCCUCGUUUCUCGCUAUUGCAGAUUGUGGAUGACGCAUACUCAUAAAAUAAAGGUGUAAUUUGUUAUUGAAUACGUAUUAUUUAGUUUUUUCGUAAUAUAGAAUCGUAGCAUAGUAAGUGUACACAAUGAGUUUUCUUGGUAAGUUAUUCGGUGGCAAGAAGGAAGAAAAGGGACCUACGACGCAUGAAGCGAUACAAAAAUUACGUGAAACAGAGGAGUUGUUGCUAAAAAAGCAAGAGUUUUUGGAGAAAAAGAUCGAACUGGAAAUACAGACAGCUAGGAAAAAUGGAACAAAGAACAAAAGGGCUGCUAUUGCUGCACUCAAGCGUAAGAAGAGGUAUGAAAAGCAGUUGACACAGAUUGAUGGUACACUAACACAAAUAGAAGCACAGAGAGAGGCUCUAGAGGGUGCCAAUACUAAUGCACAGGUCCUCAACACAAUGAGGGAGGCAGCUAAUGCAAUGAAACUGGCACACAAAGAUAUUGAUGUUGACAAGGUGCAUGACAUAAUGGACGAUAUCGCAGAACAGCAUGAUAUAUCGCGGGAAAUCACUGAUGCUAUCAGCAACAAUGUUGCCUUCCCCAACGAUAUCGAUGAAGAUGAGCUGGAGAGGGAACUGGAGGAGUUGGAGCAGGAGGACCUGGACAAGGAGAUGCUGGGCAUCAACGUGCCCACGGACACGUUGCCCGACGUGCCCGCAGCGGAGCUCGUGCAUGACAAGCCUAAGCCCGCACGCACCAGAAAAGACGAAGAAGACGAGGAACUGGCUAAGCUACAGUCGUGGGCCACAUAGAGUAGCGCUGUCUACCCUAAAACGGCUUAGUUGUAUGUUUGUGAUAUUUUCAAUAACCAAUCGAGUACUGAAGCUUUUUAUCUUUUCAAUUAAAGAAUGUGUGAUUUUUUUUUAAAUAAAACAAAUGAUUCGGUUCACAAAAGAGCUUAACUUUAGGCUAUUAUGGGUAAAAAAAAAA